UGUUACAUUUGAUUCAUGGUCAUAAACGAUGGCUGCCAUGGCCGUAGCUUCUGAAAACUUGUUCUUACUUCUUUCUGUCCUUGUCAUCUUCACGUCUCUAGCCACCUCUCAACCAGAUUUUGUUCACUAUGUCUGUAAGGACAACAAUGGUAACUACACAGCUAACAGUACCUACAGUUCAAACCUCAAUACCCUCUUGUCCAACCUCUCUUCUAUCAUAGGAACUACCAAUGACUACCGUUUCUACAAUCUCUCCAAUGGACAAAACACAGACAAAGUUAACCUGAUUUGGAUGUGCAGAGGAGAUGUUACAAAAGAAGAUUGCCUUAGCUGUUUGAACGAUUCAAGAAUCCUUCUGCCAAAGGUUUGUCCAAACCAGAAGGAGGCAACAGGGUGGUAUGAUUACUGCAUGUUGCGCUACUCGAACCGGUCCAUAUUUGGGAUCAUGGACUCCAAUCGGUGGGAGAUACAUAACAAAAAGAAUGUAAAUGAUGCGAAUGAGUUCAACCAAGUUGCUGCAGACUUGAUGCAAAGCCUAAGAAGCAAAGCUGCUGCAAUUUCUGGUGAAUCUCUGAUCAAGUUUUCUGCAGGAGAAGCCAAAGUAGGGGCAGGAUUUCAAACCGUGUAUGCUCAUGUAAAGUGCACUAAUGAUUUGUCAGAGCUAGAAUGCAAUGAAUGCUUGACUGAAGGAAUCUCCCACAUCCCAACUUGCUGCAAUGGAAAGAUACGUGCAAGAAUUUUUACCCCCAGUUGUAAUCUUAGAUAUGACACACAGCUUUACUUUGAUUCUCUAAGCGUUCUGCCACCUCAACCAUCUCUUUCUCCUGCUCCAUCAUCCCCUACUGCCACUGCUACGCCCAAACAAGGUUUCUAA